AAUUAUCUUCACAGAAGAAAUUUGAUGAAAUUAAGAAGGCUAAUCAGGCUGCAGCAAAAAAGCUAGUUGAAGACCAAUUUAGCUCCUCGUCUGAAGAUGAUGAUGAAGAUGCUGAAGUAAAACAAGGAAAGAUUUUGGCCAAAACAUUUACCAUUUACACCAGUCAAACUGAUGGAGAUGCAAGUGAACUGGAACGUACAAGACAGUACAUGAAUGAAGCUUUUCAGUCAGGGGCUAUGACAUGUCUGAUCUGCAUUGCUUCAGUUAAAAGGAACCAAGCUGUCUGGAGCUGUUGUGGAUGCUUUUGUAUAUUUCACCUGGUGUGUAUCCAAAAGUGGGCCAAGGACAGCCUUUUCCUUGUAUCUUCUCCUUUGACGGAUGAUGAUUUUGGGAAGAAAGAUUAUCCCUGGCCAUGUCCAAAAUGUAGAUUUGAAUACAAACGGUCUGAAACUCCCAGUAGGUAUUACUGUUACUGUGGAAAAGUGGAGAAUCCAACACUGGACCCAUGGCUGGUACCUCACUCCUGUGGUCAGAUAUGUGAGAGGGAAUUCAAACCUCCUUGUGGUCAUAAAUGUUUGCUGCUUUGUCAUCCAGGACCCUGUCCACCUUGCCCAAAGAUGGUCACAACAACCUGUCACUGUAAGAAAGCCAAACCAGUGCCUCGAAGGUGCAGUGCCAAGGAAUGGUCAUGUCGCCUGCCAUGUGGACGAAUGUUGCUGUGUGGGCAACAUACUUGUGAGAAUCCCUGUCACGCAGGAGAUUGUCAGCCUUGUCCACGAGUCAGUAAACAACGAUGCAUCUGUGGAAGACAGACAGCAGAAAGACUUUGUGCAAGUCCUCAGUGGCAGUGUGAUCAGGUGUGUGGGAAACCUUUGCCUUGUGGUAAUCACAGAUGUGAACAAAUUUGUCAUGCUGGUCCUUGUGGAGACUGUCCUCGUUCUGGGAAAAGGUCCUGUCCGUGUGAAAAAUCAAAGUUUACAUUGCCUUGUACAGAAGAUGUGCCCACUUGCGGUGAUAGUUGUGACAAAGUUCUGGAAUGUGGCAUCCAUAAAUGUUCACAACGCUGUCAUCGAGGUCCCUGUGAAAUAUGCAGACAAGAAGUUGAAAAACAGUGUCGCUGUGGAAAGCACACUAAACGCAUGCCAUGUCAUAAGCCAUACCUGUGUGAAACAAAGUGUACUAAAAUUCGUGAUUGCCAAAAGCACCAAUGUAGGAGAAAGUGCUGUUCUGGAAACUGUCCACCUUGUGAUCAAGUCUGUGGGCGAACUCUAGGCUGCAGAAAUCACAAAUGUCCUUCAGGCUGCCACAGAGGUAGUUGUAAUCCAUGUCCAGAGACUGUAGAUGUGAAAUGCAAUUGUGGAAAAACUGUCAUUAAAGUGCCCUGUGGCAGAGAGCGCACCAUCAAACCUCCCAAAUGCAAACAGCUUUGCAGUCGACCACCUACCUGUCACCACCCUACCCAGGAGAAACACUAUUGUCACUUUGGUCGGUGUCCUCCGUGUCAUCAGUCCUGCCAGAAGAUGUUAAUGUGUGGUCAUUUGUGCCCUGUUUCUUGCCACGAUGAAGCACUUGUGAAGCAAACUGGAUUACAUCAGUCUGCAGGUCCUUGGGAGCAACCAUCUGAGCCAGCUUUUAUUCAAACUGCAUUACCAUGCCCUCCCUGUGAGGUUCCUAUACCAGUGGAGUGUCUUGGGCAGCAUGAGAUUAGUCCAUUACCAUGUCACUCUGCAAAUCCCUACUCAUGUAAAAGAUUUUGUGGGCGGCUUCUUGAUUGUCAGAAUCACACCUGUAUGAAAGAAUGUCAUCACGUUACUAAAUUGGACAGUAAUGCAGAUGAAAAGAAGGCAGGUCCAGAAUGUUCGCAGUGUGAAGAGGAGUGUACCAAGCCCCGGCCAUCUGGCUGUCCUCACCGAUGCGUUUUGCCCUGUCAUCCUGGGGAUUGCCCAUCAUGUCUCCAGAUGCUUAAAAUAAAGUGUCACUGCAAAUUAUCAAUACUGUAUAUUGAAUGCUUGAAGCUAACAUGUGCUGACUUAAAAGAAAAGGAGCUUCUUAUUUCUUGCAAAAAUCAGUGUCCAAAAGAGUUGCCCUGUGGUCACCGGUGUAAAGAGAUUUGCCAUUCAGGUAGCUGUCCUCUGAACUGCAGCCAGAAGGUUAAACUCCGAUGUCUCUGUAAGAGACUGAAAAAGGAAAUACAGUGCAGCAAGAUACAAGAAGGCCAAGUUUCACUGGAGUGUGAUGCAUUAUGCAAGGAAAUGAAGCGGAAAGCAUCUGAGAUAAAAGAGGCAGAAGCCAAAGCUGCUAUUGAAGAAGAAAAACGAAGACAACAGGCUGAACUGGAAGCUUUUGAAAACAGAUUAAAAGGGAGAAGAAAGAAUAAGAGAAAAAAGGAUGAAGUAGAAGUUGAACGAUCAUCAUGGCAAAAAUACAAGAACCUCAUUAUGCUGCCAAUGCUUGGAGUUGCUGUUGUGAUGGUUGCGUGGCUCAUGGCCUACAAUGACUGAAACGACUCAAUAUCUAAUAUACCUCAGUCAGGCUUUAGGUAGCUGUUAUUCCUAGAAUGUUGGUCUGUGUGUAACAGAACUUAAUAUACAUAGAUUAUGUAUGUAUACUGUUUGCCAAGAAAACUGCAGAGGAGGGAAGAAAUGUCACCUUUUGUGUUAUUACAGUCACAGCACAAAACUGAAUUCGGACACUGAAAGUAAAAGUAGAUUUUAGUCUACAUUGAAGUGCUGAUGUAGUUCAUCUGACAGGUCUGUUAACAUCUCUUCUAUUAAUAUAUUGUGUUGCUUUUCCUUGACU